AUGGGAGUCGGUGAAAAACUCCAUUUUGUUUUGGGCGAUGUUAAUCCCCUUGGAGAAAAUGUGACGAAUCUAUUGAAAUUGAGAAGGCCAAGGGGUAUAACGUUCAUCUGGAAAAAUAUAUUGUACCUUCAAUCCGUUUUGUUCGAAUUGGAAAUUAUUAGUAGAUCGUGUAAAACGUCACGGAAUUCGGAACAAAGGACGCAGUCGGACGAAUCUUUGGCUCUUGUUGAGAAAAAAGGAAGCCAUCAUCAUCAUCAUCAAAAUUUGAAAAGUAUUCUUCUUAAAGGUCAAAUGUUUUAUUUGAAAGAUAUAAAAUCCGUUAUUUUUCUAUGCAGUCCCCUAAAGUUUUUCCUUUUACAAAUCUAUUUCUCAACCGACGCAUCUGUUAUAACUAAAAGAAAAAUUUAA